AUGAGGAGCGAUUUAUUACCAAUGAUAGGGGCUAUUGCCCUGCCACAUUUAGGAGGUAUAGUGGGCGCACGUUUCUAUCCAGCAACCACUCCUUGGUAUGAUGGACUCAAAAAAUCUAGGCUUGUUCCUCCAAAUUGGGUGUUUCCUAUUGCUUGGACAUCAUUGUAUACUGGAAUGGGAUAUGCAUCUUAUCUAGUUUGGAAGAGUGGCGGUGGAUUGGCAGGUGAUGCCAGAAUUCCUUUGCUACUAUAUGGCUCUCAGUUGCUCCUGAAUUGGGCUUGGACUCCUAUCUUCUUUGGUGCCCACAAUGUUAAAGGGAGUUUAAUUGAUAUGGCAUUAUUGGUACCUACGGCAGCUAGCUGUGCACUUGCUUUCAAUAAAAUAAAUAGCACGGCAGGUUUGAUAAUGGCACCUUAUGUUGUAUGGUUAUUAUUUGCUAGUUAUUUGAAUCUGCGCAUCUUACAGUUGAAUGGAGAUGAUAAAGAUGCCAAAGCUAAAAAAUAA